AAAUUAUGGAAAUUUUUUGGAAGACGUGGACAUGGAUUCUGAGCCUAGUCAUGGUUUCAUCAGAAUUUCACAGUGACAGCAGGCUUUCAUACAGUUCUCAAGAGGAAUUCCUGUCUUACCUUGAACACUACCAGCUAACAAUCCCAAUAAGGGUUGAUCAAAAUGGAGCCUUCCUCAGCUUUACUGUGAAAAGUGUUAAACCCUCAAGAAGGAGGAGGAGUGCAGACCCUUAUGAUCAAGAACUGGCAGCAUCUAAAUUAUUUUUUAAACUUUCUGCCUAUGGCAAGCACUUUCAUUUAAACCUGACUCUCAACACAGAUUUGGUGUCCAGACAUUUUACAGUGGAGUACUGGGGGAAAGAUGGUCCUCAGUGGAAGCAUGAUUUUUUAGACCACUGUCAUUACACAGGAUAUUUGCGAGACCAACACACUACAACUAAAGUGGCUGUAAGCAACUGCAAUGGUCUGGUAAGUGCACGUUGCAUGUUCUAGAAUAAUAGUGCGUUUACCCCUUUUAAAAUACAGAAGGACUUAAUUGCAUAUCUUUCAGUUUUUUUGAGUUCCUGUGAGGAGCAAACAGUCUGAAGGUGGAACAAGCCCAUAAAACCAGAUCUGGGUCCUAGGGAAAAGUAGUCAUCGGUUUAAUUGUAAUUGUAAUAAGCUUAAUUGUAAGUACUAGGACCCAAUUUUGUAGUCCUUUAGCAGGCAGCACCUUAACUGUUUACAGUGUCUGCAUGGGGCUGCAAUAUUAGGUCUGUUGUGGGUUAUCAAAAUGUUGCAGACUUGGGAGGGAGAGGGUAGCAGUUCUU